GAGUCGCCCGCCGGACCUACGCAGUGCGACGCCACGGCAAAAGCCCCUCACAACGACUUCAAAGAGGACAAGUACUACUACAAGGGCAAGACGCAGACAGCAUCUGGCGAGAAGGCCAUCCAGCAGAUGAUCAUGGCCGGUGGACCAGUGGAGACCGCUUUCACUGUGUUCUCAGACUUCGAGCUUUACACCUCCGGGAUCUACCACCACGUGAGUGGUUCGAUGGCAGGCGGACAUGCUGUGCGAAUGGUUGGCUGGGGCGUCGAUGGCGGUGUGAAGUAUUGGAAGGUUGCAAACUCCUGGAACCCGUACUGGGGUGAGAAGGGCUUCUUCCGCAUCAGGCGCGGAACUAACGAGGGUGGCAUCGAGGAUGAUGUUGUUGGCUCUUCCAGCGAUGCGCAGUGGGGGCGCGGAUCGGGUGCCGCGAUUGUCGUUUGA